UGAGGUUAGUAAGUGAGUGCGCCGAGAAAUUACCGUUGGUUCUGUCAGUUUUUUUGUAUUACCAAGGAAUUUGAACUGUUUACUCGGUUUUCACAUGUGCUUUUCUUCUAGUUCUUGUGGAUUUUAACUCAAGGGGAUGCUGAUACGUAUACAGGCGGCCUUCCUGGUCGCCAUAGUAUUUUUAUAUAGGGAUACAUUAGCACAGAAUUCGACAAAUAGUUUAUUUAGCUGUCCAGCAGGAUGGGAACUACGGGGUCUCAACUGUUAUAAAUUUUUCAAUAUUAGGCAUUCGUGGGAAAAGGCAGCGGAACUUUGUAGAAGAUAUGGUAGUGAAUUAAUGGCAGUAGAAUCAUAUAGUGAAAAUAACGUAACAGCAUCAAUAGCCACAUCUUCAGUGCCACUAGAAAGGCGGGGUGCCAACCAUUACUGGCUGGGUCUGUCCUCAUUAGAUGAUUUAAGGACGAAUACUCUUGAAUCAGCUGCUGGUACUUUAGUAUCUCAAUAUUCAGGUUUCUGGUCUCCAAACCAACCCGACCCACAAUCCGGAGAGUGUGUAGAUGUUAUCGUAACCGAAGAAUUCCAAUCAUGGGAACUCACCACAUGCGAAAGCCUUCAACCCUUCAUGUGUCGAUCGAAAGCAUGCCCUGCAGCAUCAUUUCACUGCUCGAAUGGGUUGUGCAUCAACGAAAAGUUCAAAUGUGACAAACAGGAUGAUUGUGGAGAUGGUUCCGAUGAAAUCGACUGUGCUACCAACUGUAAUUUCUAUUUGGCCAGUAGUGGGGAUGUGGUCGAAAGCCCAUACUAUCCACACAAGUAUGCACCACUGACCAAUUGCAAAUGGACGCUAGAAGGACCACAAGGUCACAAUAUUCUUCUCCAAUUCCAAGAAUUCGAAACAGAAAAAACCUUCGACACAGUCCAGAUUCUAGCAGGAGGAAGAACUGAAGACACGUCUAUCAAUCUAGCUACCCUUUCUGGAAAACAAGACCUUACUAAUAGGUCAUUCGUCUCAGGAUCUAACUUUAUGAUAAUUAAAUUUAGUACAGAUGCUUCGGUAGAAAGAAAAGGAUUCAGAGCUUCUUGGAAAACGGAACCACAAACUUGUGGUGGAACACUUCGAGCUACUCCUCAAGGACAAGUUCUUACUUCUCCUGGGUAUCCUGAACAAUAUCCUGGAGGUUUAGAAUGUUUGUAUGUUAUUCAAUCACAAGGAGGAAAGAUAAUAACUUUGGAAGUAGAUGAUUUGGAUUUGGAUGAUAACCGUGACUUUAUUUUGGUGAGGGAUGGCGAUUCACCCAAAAGCAAACCAAUUGCUAGAUUAACUGGAAAGUGGGAGAACAAUCAAAAAGUGAUUAUGUCAACAGGCAAUCAACUAUAUAUCUACUUUAGAACGCGUUUAGGCGACUCGAAACGAGGGUUCAGGAUCAGGUAUACACAAGGAUGUAAAGCGACAAUUGUAGCUAAAAAUGGUACCAUAUCGUCACCAGCCUUUGGUUUAGAAAACUAUCCUAGCAAUCAAGAAUGUAUGUACAAGAUUAGAAAUCCCGGAGGCCAACCGUUAUCCCUAAAUUUCCCACAUUUCGAAGUCGAUAAAUCAGACUUUGUACAAGUUUAUGAUGGAUCUACCACCAGUGGAUUACGAUUGCACUCAGGAAACGGAUUUACAACAGGAACAAAACCGAAGAUUACCUUAACUGCUUCAAGUGGGGAAAUGCUAGUCAGAUUUGUGACAGAUGCUUUACAUAGUAACGAGGGAUGGGAAGCAGUAUUUUCAGCUGAUUGUCCGCCUCUGCAACCCGGAAUUGGUGCCUUAGCAUCCAGUAGAGAUACAGCCUUCGGAACCAUCAUUACGUUUAGCUGCCCUACUGGUCAAGAAUUUGCAACAGGUAGAAAUCGUAUAACUACUCAAUGUUUACCUGGAGGAAAUUGGUCUAUAAGCUACAUCCCUAAAUGCCAAGAAGUCUAUUGUGGGCCAGUACCUCAAAUUGACAAUGGUUUCUCAAUUGGUUCGAGUAAUGUAACCUACAAGGGUCAAGCAAUGUAUCAGUGUUAUGCAGGUUUUGCUUUCCCCACAGGACAAGCUAUUGAAAGAAUAUCUUGUUUGUCUGAUGGUCAUUGGGAGAAAAAACCAAAUUGUUUAGCAUCUCAAUGUGCCGCAUUGCCUGAAGUUCCUCAUGCUAAUGCUACCAUUUUGAAUGGCUUGGGCAGAUCAUAUGGUACAAUUAUGAGAUACGAAUGUGAACCUGGAUACAUCAGAAGUGGACCACCUGUCAUAUUGUGUAUGAGUAAUGGAACUUGGUCGGGAGAUGUACCUGUUUGUUCACGUGCAAAAUGUCCAAAGUUCCCAGAAAUUCAAAACGGCUUCAUCACAGACAUUUCUAGAGACUAUUACUACAACGACGAAGCCCGUGUUCAGUGUUACAAAGGCUACAAACUUAUAGGAAACAGCAUUCUUAGAUGUGGCGAGAACCAAAUAUUUAACAAUCCUCCCAGAUGUGAAGAUAUCAACGAAUGUAUCAGCAGCCAAUGUGAUGUUGCUUCCACGGAAUGUGUGAACGUUCCGGGAUCUUUCCAUUGCAAGUGCAGAAAAGGAUUCGAAAGCACACAAGAAUGUAGACCAGUUGGUGAUUUGGGGUUGGUAAAUGGGGGAAUUCCUGAUGAUUCAAUUACUGUAUCUAGCAGUGAACCUGGAUACGAGAAAUCGAUGGUUCGACUCAACGGAGCUGGUUGGUGUGGCAACACCAUUGAAGGAGGUUCCAAUUGGGUACUUAUUGACCUUAAAGCACCCACUGUUAUCAGAGGUUUUAGAACCAUGGCAGUUCAGCGAUUAGAUGGAAAUAUAGCUUUUACUUCAGCAGUAAGAAUACAAUACACUGACGAUCUUACCGACGUUUUUAAAGAUUACAGAAAUCCUGAUGGAUUAGCUGUCGAGUUUACCAUCGAGAAACCAACUUUAUCUAUUUUAAAUCUUCCUGUACCGAUAGAAGCCCAAUUUAUCAAAUUUAAGAUUCAGGACUAUGUAGGGGCACCUUGUUUGAAACUAGAAGUAAUGGGUUGUACAAGGUUAGAAUGUGCUGAUAUUAAUGAGUGUGCUGUUAAUAAUGGAGGAUGUCAGCAGAAAUGUGUCAAUAGCGCAGGAGACUAUUCUUGCAACUGUAAUGUUGGUUUUGAACUCUACACCCAAAAUGGUACUGCUUCAUUUUACGUAGAGAAUUCUGAAAAUGGUAACCGAGACGGAGAUGUGUAUCAAAUUGACAAAUCUUGUGUACCUGUGAUGUGUCCCACACUUACAUCUCCUGAAAACGGAGUUAUAUUAACCACCAAAGAUAAAUAUCAUUUUGGAGAUCUAGUCAAAUUCCAGUGCGAUUUCGGUUACGUCAUGACCGGAUCAACAUCUUUACUUUGCACUUCUUCUGGAGUAUGGAACGGAACAGUUCCAGAAUGCAAAUAUGCUCAAUGUGUGUCACUACCUGACAACAAAAACGAAGGAUUAAAAAUAAUACGCAAUGAUGAAGACAGUGUACUUGUACCUUUCCGAGAGAAUGUAACUUUGCACUGCAGUACUAAUGGAAGGCAGCUAAGGGGUACAGCCACUGCCGGAUUUAGACAGUGCGUAUACGAUCCCAAAGCAGGUUUUCCUGACUAUUGGCUUAGCGGAGAUUUACCUUCAUGUCCACGAGUUGAUUGUGGUGUACCACCACCAAGUCCUGGAGCUGAAUACGGCCAAUAUGUUGACACUAAAUACCAAUCAUCAUUCUUCUUUGGUUGCCAAAACACCUUCAAAUUGGCUGGUCAAAGUAGUAAACACGACAACGUAGUCAGAUGUCAAGCUAACGGUGUUUGGGACUUUGGAGAUUUAAGAUGCGAAGGCCCAGUAUGUCAAGAUCCUGGAAGGCCCAGUGAUGGUUUCCAGAUCUCAAGAAGUUACGAACAAGGAUCAGAAAUUUCCUUUGGAUGUAAUAGACCUGGAUACAUACUUAUCAACCCAAGGCCCAUUACCUGUGUAAGAGAUCCUGAAUGUAAAGUCGUAAAGCCUCUAGGAAUAGCUUCUGGAAAGAUCCCUGACUCAGCUAUUAACGCCACCAGUGAAAGACCAAAUUAUGAAGCUAGAAAUGUACGACUUAACUCUGUAACCGGAUGGUGUGGCAAGCAGGAAGCAUUUACCUACGUCAGCGUCGAUUUAGGCAAAGUAUAUAGGGUAAAAGCUAUAUUGGUUAAAGGAGUUGUUACAAACGAUAUCGUGGGUAGACCCACUGAGAUUAGGUUUUUCUACAAACAAGCUGAUAAUGAAAACUAUGUAGUUUACUUCCCUAACUUCAAUUUAACCAUGAGAGAUCCAGGAAACUAUGGAGAACUUGCCAUGAUAUCCUUACCUAAGUUUGUGCAAGCUAGGUUCGUUAUUUUGGGUAUAGUAAGUUAUAUGGAGAAUGCUUGUUUGAAGUUUGAAUUGAUGGGUUGUGAUGAACCCGAAAAGGAACCUUUGCUGGGAUAUGAUUAUGGAUAUUCUCCUUGUGUUGAUAAUGAAACUCCAGUAUUCCAAAAUUGCCCACAACAACCGAUUAUGGUCCAAAAAGACGUAAAUGGUGGACUGCUUCCUGUAAACUUUACUGAACCAACUGCUGUCGAUAAUUCAGGCAGUAUAGCUAGAUUGGAAGUUAAACCAGCAAGUUUUAAAACUCCCAUGUACGUGUUUGAUGAUAUGGUUGUUAAAUAUGUAGCUUAUGACUAUGAUGGAAACGUAGCCAUUUGCGAAAUCAACAUUACUGUUCCAGAUAAUACUCCGCCUCAACUCAGCUGUCCUCAAAGUUACGUAAUCGAGUUGGUUGAUAGGCAAGACAGUUAUGCUAUUAACUUCAACGAAACAAGGAGAAGAUUGAAUACCAGUGAUGCUUCUGGUGAAGUACAUAUCACUUUCAUCCCAGACAAAGCGACCAUUUCGAUUGGAGCCUUUGAAAAUGUGACCGUUAUCGCUGCUGACAAAUAUGGAAACAAAGCAUCGUGUCACUUCCAAGUAUCAGUACAAGCAACACCUUGUGUAGAUUGGGAGCUUAAACCUCCAGUUAAUGGGGCUCUUAACUGUUUACCAGGAGAUAAAGGAUUACAAUGUAUUGGAACUUGUAAUCCAGGAUUUAGAUUUACUGAUGGAGAUCCAGUAAAGACUUUCUCUUGCGAAACCAAUGGUCCUUGGAAGCCUAGUUCUGUUAUUCCAGAUUGUGUAUCAGAAAAUACACAACAAGCUGACUACCAUUUUACCGCCUCAAUUAACUACAGAGCAAACGGAGCAGUCGCUAACUCCUGUUUGAAUCAGUAUAUUGAACUUUUGGCUCAAUACUACAAUAAUCUCAAUACCGUAUUAUCAGAAAGAUGUUCAGCAGUGAACGUAAAGAUGAAUGUUACGUUUAUCAAAGCUCUAGCUAACUUAGUUGAAGAAAAUGUAGUAAAAAUUGAUUACAUUCUGGAAAUAGUUCCUUUAUACAGACAACCACAAAUCUACGAUUUAUGUGGUAGUACUCUUAACCUAAUGUUUGAUUUAUCAGUUCCUUAUGCGAAUGCCGUUGUUGAACCUUUAUUAAAUGUUGCUGCCAUCGGCAAUCAGUGUCCACCUCUUAAAGCUCUAAAAUCUAUAAAUGAAAGAGGCUUUACUUGUAACGUUGGCGAGGUACUUAAUAUGGACACGAACGAUGUACCAAGAUGCUUACAUUGUCCCGCCGGAACCUUUGCUGGUGAGAAACAAAAAGAAUGUACGUAUUGUCCAAAAGGUUUCUAUCAAAAUAGAGACAGGCAAGGUUCCUGCAACAGAUGUCCUCAAGGUACGUACACCCGCGAGGAAGGUUCGAAGAGCGUUCACGACUGUAUCCCUGUUUGUGGAUAUGGAACCUACUCCCCUACAGGAUUAGUACCUUGCCUCGAAUGUCCAAGAAAUAGUUUUACAAGUGAACCACCAACGGGAGGAUUCAAAGAUUGCCAGGCUUGCCCUGCGAACACUUUUACAUAUCAACCAGCUGCUGCAGGAAAGGAUAAAUGUAGACCUAAGUGUAGUCCUGGUUAUUACUCACCUACAGGUUUAGCGCCUUGCUCUAUGUGUCCCAAGAACUUCUAUCAAUCUGUUACAGGACAAACCGCUUGCAACGAAUGUCCAAGUAACAUGAAGACAGAAGGACCUGGAGCCACGGGAAGAGACGAAUGUCGCCCUGUCCAGUGCAAAGAAAAUGCUUGCCAACAUGGCGGACUAUGUAUCCCUAUGGGUCAUAAUGUUCACUGCUUCUGUCCUGCAGGAUUUACGGGCAGAAGAUGUGAAGUCGACAUUGACGAAUGUACCUCGCAACCAUGUUACAAUGGAGGAUCUUGUAUUGAUUUGCCACAAGGUUAUAAAUGCCAAUGUCCUCCUGGAUAUUCUGGUAUCAACUGUCAAGAAGAGCGAUCAGACUGCUCGAAUGAUACCUGUCCUGCAAGGGCUAUGUGUAAAGAUGAACCUGGAUAUAAUAACUAUACAUGUCUAUGUCGGUCUGGAUACACAGGAAUUGAUUGUGAUGUUACGAUUGAUCCAUGCACAGCAAAUGGAAAUCCGUGCAAUAAUGGAGCUAGUUGUAUUGCUCUCCAACAGGGCAGAUUCAUGUGCGAAUGCUUACCAGGCUGGGAAGGUCAAUUGUGCGAAACUAACAUCGACGAUUGCGCUGAGAAACCUUGCUUAUUGGGAUCCAAUUGUACAGACUUGGUCAACGAUUUUAGCUGUACUUGUCCGGCUGGUUUUACUGGAAAGAGAUGCCAAGAGAAAAUAAAUAUGUGUAGUAGUAAUCCCUGUAAAAAUGGAGUGUGUAUCGAUAAACUGUUCGACUACGAGUGCAUCUGCGACCCAGGUUGGACAGGUGACAUAUGUGAAACGAACAUCAACGAUUGCCAACCUAAUCCUUGUCAAAAUGGGGGUCAUUGUGUUGAUGGAAUAGACGAUUUUAAAUGUACUUGUGAACCAGGAUUUACUGGAAAGAAAUGUCAGCACACUUUAGACUUCUGUUCGUCAAAACCAUGCCAAAAUGGUGCUACUUGCACUGAUUUAGUCGAUAGCUUCUCUUGCAAAUGCAGACCAGGUUUUGUAGGACUUCAAUGCGAAGCUGAAAUUGACGAGUGUCUAAGCGAUCCUUGUAAUUCAGUAGGAACUGAAAGAUGCGUAGAUUUGGACAAUAAAUACGUAUGCAUGUGCAGAGAAGGGUACACAGGAAAUGCUUGUGAGAUUAAUAUCGACGAUUGUCAGUCCCAACCUUGCCUGAAUGGAGGAUCUUGCAGAGAUGAAGUUGGUUCUUACCGUUGUGUCUGCAAACCUGGAUGGACUGGUGGUAACUGCGAAGUUGAUAUCGGAAGCUGUCAAACUAGACCUUGUCAAAAUGAUGCCAGAUGUAUAGAUUUGUUCCAGGAUUAUUUCUGUGUAUGUCCCUCGGGAACCGACGGAAAACAAUGUGAGACGGCACCAGAGAGAUGCAUCGGCAACCCCUGCAUGCAUGGAGGAAAAUGCCAAGACUUUGGAUCAGGUCUAAACUGUUCUUGCAGUGAUGGAUUCAGUGGUAUUGGUUGUCAAUACGAAUAUGAUGCCUGUCAAGUGAAAGCCUGUAAGAAUGGGGCUACUUGUACAAACGACUUCCCUGGAUUCAAAUGUGUUUGUCCACCUGGGUAUACUGGCAAGUUCUGCGAGGAAGACAUUGUCGAUUGCAAGGAGAAUUCUUGCCCACCCAGCGCCACCUGCAUUGAUCUAACUGGAAAAUUCUACUGUCAAUGUCCUUUUAACCUUACAGGAGAAGACUGUAGAAAAACAAUUUCUGUUGACUAUGACCUCUACUUUAGUGAUGCUACUCGUAGCUCUGCAUCACAAGUUAUCCCCUUCUAUACGGGAUCCAAAUCUAGUCUUACAAUUGCAUUGUGGGUACAGUUUACCCAAAAAGAUGAAAACGGAAUAUUCUUUACCUUGUAUAGUGUGUCUGACAAACAUGUUCCAAACAAUAGGCGACCUAUAGUACAGGCACAUUCUAACGGAGUUCAGAUCUCUAUCUUCCCUGAUAUACAAGAUGUUUACCUAAGUUAUCGAGACUAUACAACAAUAAACGAUGCUCAAUGGCACCAUCUUGCUAUCGUUUGGGAUGGAGAAAAUGGUGGAGAACUUAAAUUAAUCACUGAAGGUCUCAUCGCUAGCAAAGUUAAGGGAUACGGAAGUGGAAGAAAACUGCCACAGUAUGCUUGGGUUACUUUGGGUAAACCACAAACAGGAAAUCCCAAAGCCUACACCGAAUCCGGCUUCCAAGGACACCUGACAAAGGUGCAAAUUUGGGGACGAGCUUUAGACGUCACAAAUGAGGUACAAAAGCAGGUCAGGGACUGCAGAACGGAACCAGUAUUAUACAGAGGUUUAAUCUUAACAUGGGCUGGAUACGAAGAUACCAUUGGUGGCGUGGAAAGAAUAGUGCCGUCUCACUGCGGACAACGCAAUUGUCCACCAGGAUACAAGGGAUCGAAGUGUCAAGAGCUAGAAGUUGACAAGAUACCUCCAAAGAUUGAGUACUGUCCUGGAGAUCUAUGGAUAAUAACCAAAAACGGCUCUGCGCUUGUAGUGUGGGAUGAACCAAGUUUCAGCGACAACGUAGGUGUGGCGCAAGUUCAAGAAAAGAGUGGACAUAGACCUGGACAAACACUUUUGUGGGGAAUAUAUCAAAUAGCUUAUGUAGCAUCUGAUGCUGCAGGAAAUACUGCCACCUGUACCUUCAAAGUAUCAGUGUUAUCUGAAUUCUGUCCUGAACUUCCGGACCCAAUUGGCGGUAUGCAGUCAUGCAAAGAUUGGGGCGCUGGUGGCCAAUUCAAGGUCUGCGAAAUCGGCUGUAACCCCGGCUUACGUUUCUCACAAGAGAUUCCACUAUUCUACACCUGUGGCGCCGAAGGUUUCUGGAGACCGACCAAAAAUCCCAACCUCCCACUAGUCUAUCCAGCUUGUUCUUCGGCUAAACCAGCUCAAAGAGUCUUCAGAAUCGAAAUGUUGUUCCCCAGUUCAGUACUAUGUAACGAAGCUGGACAAGGAGUGCUUAAGCAAAAGGUGAGACAUGCGGUAAACGCCUUGAAUAGAGACUGGAACUUCUGUUCGUUUUCUGUCGAUGGUACAAGAGAAUGCAAAGAGUUGAACAUUGAUGUUAAAUGUGACCACAGAGCUGGAAGACAGACCAGACAAACUAGCGAAGAUGAAGAUGGUGGAACCUAUGUUAUUAAGACCGAUGUGCCAGUUGAAAAAAGUUCCCGACAAGGCAGACAGUCGUCCAGCGAUACCUACGACAUUGAAAUCACCUUCCCAGCUAUCAAUGAUCCUGUGGUCAAUAUAAACACGAAUGAAAGGACUACAGUCAAGGCUCUCUUGGAGAAACUCAUUCUGGAAGAAGAUCAGUUCGACGUUGGAGAUAUUCUACCCAAUACAGUGCCUGAUCCAUCUUCCCUUCUUCUUCAGUCCGACUACGCUUGUCCUGUUGGACAGGUUGUUAUGGCGCCAGAUUGUGUUCCUUGUGCCAUCGGUACCUACUACGACAAAGACACCAAAACGUGUGUAUCAUGUGCCAAAGGCUACUACCAAAGUGAAACUGGCCAGACUCAAUGUAUACAGUGUCCAGCUAUAGCAGGCCGCUCAGGCGUCACUGUAACCGUUGGCGCUCGAAGUGCAGCAGAUUGUAAAGAACGCUGUCCCGCCGGUAAAUUCUACGACCAUGAAGCAGGCCUUUGUAGGAGCUGUGGUUACGGUUUUUACCAACCCAAUGAAGGAUCUUUCUCUUGCGAAAUCUGCGGCCUUGGUAAAACUACACGCACUAACGAAGCAGUUUCGAUUAAGGAAUGUAGAGAUGAAUGCGGCAAUGGUCUACAGCUAGGAAUCGAUGGUAAAUGUGAGCCAUGUCCAAGAGGAACCUAUAGAACUCAAGGUAUCGAAUCUGCUUGUCAGAUGUGUCCUUUGGACUACACAACGCAGAAGACUGGAGCUGUCACAAGAGAGGAAUGUUCUUUGCCUGUGUGCAAGCCGGGAACAUACUUGAAUGGUACUCAGAACAGAUGCGUUGAUUGUAACAAAGGAUUUUAUCAGUCAGAAUAUCAGCAGACUACCUGCAUUCCGUGCCCGCCAAAUACGAGUACUAAAGGACCUGGAGGAACCAGCAAAUCUGAGUGCACAAAUCCCUGCGAGACCAAUGGACCUGAAAUGCAGUGUGAUGUCAACGCCUACUGCCUCCUCAUCCCCGAGACUGGCAAUUUCGAUUGCGAUUGUAAACCUGGUUUUAACGGUACCGGCAAAGUCGGUGACUGCUUUGAUGUAUGUGAAGGAUAUUGUGAAAAUGAAGGCACUUGCGUCAAAGAUGUUAGAGGGCAGCCAUCGUGUAGAUGUAUUGGAAGCUUCACCGGAAAGCACUGUGCAGAGAAAUCUGAAUUUGCUUAUAUUGUCGGUGGUAUUGCUGCUUCCGUUAUCCUUAUUAUCUUUAUCGUACUUUUAAUAUGGAUGAUUUGUGCAAGGUAUCAGCAAAAGAUUGGUGCAUAUGAUAAGCAGAUAUGGGAAACAAAAAUAGAAGAAAGGGAGCAGAGAAUAUAUGGGCUCAACCAUAUUCAGAUGAGAAGUGCAAAACCAAAUCCAAACUUUAUAGAUCUUGAUUUGGUUAGAGGUUCAUCUUUUACUAAAACAAAACCUAAACAAGGGUUUAUCAAGGUCACUAAAUUGGCCACCUUGAGAUUUAUUUUCUUUCCAUUUUACGGAAAAUGGUGGAUAGAGCAAACUUCAAAUUAUGUGUUUAUAAUUUGCCUUAUAGUUUACAUUUUACAUAUUAUUAAUAUUACCAUUUUUUGCUUCUAUCCAACAGCUAAAGUUACCAAUGCAGAGCCAUUAUCAUGUAUGGAAAUAAUGAUUCCAUCACUGAUGUUCUGGAUAUUAUGUUUAAUUCACUCUCAAAUAGUCGCUACUAGUCCAAGCAACGAAGUUGAAAAGGCGAGAAUAAAGCUGAAGCACAUCAGAAAGAGACAACACAUGAAGAAGAAGAGAAAACAAGACUAUCAGGAGCAGCUAAAGAUGAGAAGGGAGAAAUUCUCGAAUAAAGUAGAAAAAGAUUUGUAUAAUGUGAAUGAGUUGCUAGAUUCUGGUUUCAAGAAUAAACUUGAAUCAACUUCCAACUGUGAUGUCGAAAAGAUUACGUCUGAAAAUAGAAUAGAUACUGUUAAUGGUUAUUGUACUACCGACUCAGAAAGCGAUACUAAGACUGUCUCUAAAUGCAAGACCUUAAUACCAAAAAUCAGUAUCACCUCCCAAGACAGUAAUUGCGAGACAGACGAUGAACCCAUACAAUCCUCACCUGACGUAAAGAUUAAUGAGACUUCUCUUGGUGAUAUCACGUCUUCAGCGACUGACUGGAUGGGUGUGACGACGAAUAGUGAUUGUAGUUAUAGUUCUGAUAUUGAAAACUUGUCUGAUAGUCAAAUAAAUAAUGGCAAGGAUUAUGCUACGUAUGACAAUGAUAUCGCACCUACAGCAAUAUUGAACCCGCCCUCCGCUAAAGUUAGUUGCAUAAUUUGGGAAAAGAACGAAAUGAAAACGGCAGACCUGUCGAUGAUAGAAAUUAGUUCAGUCAUUAUAGGAAGAGUGGAUUCAAUGCCCGAAAGUAAAGACUAUUUCUACAUAGGAGUAUUGGUAUCGUCGACACUCGCGUUUUUGCCCGUUAUCUGUAAAUUUUUAAAUACUUCUUCUUACAGCUUCUUAGAAUUUAAAUGUUUUAUUGACAAUCUUUACGUAAAUGUUAGUCGGGCUCUUCCCAGUAAUUCUACGACCAUAUUGUUGUUGCAUCGGACAAUGGUGGAAGAAGUUAUUAUACAAUCUCGACGAUGGUUUGUGUCCAUAUUUUCCGGCAAUUUUUGGGAGUACGUUGUGAUGACGAUAGCUCUGGUCCAGCGCUGGGUGCUGGCUUUGAUGAUAUUCUUUCUCUUGGCUGUGGCAGAAAGAACUUUCAAGCAGAGACUUUUGUACGCGAAACUCUUCUCUCAUUUAACAUCAUCAAGACGAGCUAGAAAAUCGGAAAUACCGCAUUUUCGAUUAAAUAAAGUGAUAAACAUCAAGACGUGGUUGUCGGUGAGAUCCUAUCUGAAAAAGAGAGGGCCGCAACGAUCCGUCGAUGUGAUUGUUUCUACCGCUUUUGUUGCUAAUUUGUUAUUGUUGACCUUUUUAUGUGUUGAAGUUUUGAAGGACACAGUUUUAUUUUCUCAGUAUUAUUUGGAAGCUUUAAUAUGGUGUAUCGGAUUAGGUAUACUACUCCUGAGAUUCAUGACAUUAGGUACUAAGAUAAACAAAAAGUAUAGAAAUCUUUCAGUUUUAAUCACCGAGCAAAUCAAUCUUCACCUGCAAAUAGAACAGAAGCCUCAAAAGAAGGAUGAGUUGAAUGUAGCAAACAACGUGUUAAAACUUGCCAUAGAUUUAUUGAAAGAACUGGAAAAUCCGUUUAAGAUAUCAGGAUUGUCAGCUAAUCCCAUUCUUUAUAAUUGUACCAAAUUAAUUAUCUUAUCGGCACUAUCAGGAGUAUUUUCGGAGAUGCUUGGAUUUAAGCUGAAAUUGCACAAGAUUAAACUAAAAUGAAUUUUACUGUUGUGUAGCUGUUAUAGUCAUGGUGUAGUGCACAUAGUAUUUUUUUAUAUUUAUGCCUCGAAUAUAUGUACACACAAUAAAAACUCAUAGACAAAAGUAACUCACCACUUUAGAAAAAAUAAAUAAAUUACCUAUUAAAC